GCAUGGUCAAACGUAUUCUGUUUAUCUGUUGAUAUCUCUCACUUUGUGGGUUUUUUAUUAUGUUUAUCUAUCUAUCAAACGUGUUAUGUCUAGUUGUAUUUAUUAUGUUUAUCUAUCUAUAUAUAAAACGUGUUAUGUCUAGUUGUGUCUGCUUGAAGUGAGUAAGCCUGUGAGGAAGUGAAAACACUGAAUGUUUUGAGAGUAACUCUCCACUACUAGUGACUUACUAGUGUUUUGUCACCACACAAAGUUAGGUGGACACGUGCCCUUGUUUGUGACAUGUUUUAGGCACAUUUUUGCAAAAAGUGGUUGAACUGAAAAUAUACUCUACUUCUAAUAUCCUUCUGCUUAUUGUAACAGCAGUAGUAAUGACUGCCUUAGAUGUGAGUGUGUCUGUGUUUUCAUACAUUUAAUUGGCAUUGGAGUUUUGAAAGGUUGAUCAGAGAUCAAAGCCACGAGACAGAGAGCAGCGGACCUACAUCAAGGACAGUAAUAAAACAGGAUGUAUUUAAUAGAAAAACAUAGCCAGGUUGAUCUUAUCAAGUAUCUGUGUACUUCAGUAACAGCCUUGACUUCUUUUGGCUUCUCUGUACUUCCUGUUUUUUCAGCUGUCUCUCUCUCUCCCUCCUCUCACACCCUACACUCUCUUUCUCUCUUUCUCUCUCUCUAGUCUGAGGAGCUAAGCAAGAGACAAUCAGCCUCUAAGAAAACUAUCAAUAUGGACUCCUUCAACGGCACCACUGACCCAACCAUGCUACCCCAUUACCUGCAACCCUCUCUCUCCUCCUCUCUCUCUCCCUCUCCCUCCUCUUCCCCGGGCCUCUCCGUCUCGCACCAGGUGGGCAUCAGCAUCCUGACCAUAGCCCUGGUGGUGGGUUUCCCUGGCAACCUCUUCGUGGUGUGGUCGGUGCUGUGUCGCGUGCGCCGGCGCUCCGUCACCUGCCUGCUGGUGUUCAACCUGGCGUUGGCCGACGUGCUGGUCCUGCUGACCGCGCCGCUCUUUCUGCGCUUCCUGACGGUGGGCGUGCGAGGCUGGGAGUUUGGCACCGCCACGUGCAAGAUCGUGCACUACCUCUGCGCCGUCAACAUGUACACCUCCAUCUACCUGAUCACCCUGAUGAGCGCCGACCGCUGGCUGGCCACCAGCAGGCCCUUCGUGGCACAGCGGCUGCGCACCAAGCGGGCACUACUCUCCAUCAUUCUGGCGUUAUGGGUGCUGGCCUUCUUUCUGGCACUGCCUAUGCCUUUCUACCGCAGCAACCUGCAGCUCUUCCGACACAAGAACAUCACCUCCUUCUGCAUUCCUCACCACUGGGACAGCGUGGGCCAUCAGGUGUUCCAGUACCUGGUGGAGACGUUCAUGGGCUUCCUGCUGCCCUUCAGCCUCAUCGCCGGCUGCUACGCCUCCGUCUUCCGCCGCCUGCGCACGGCCAUGUUCAAGCGUCGCGGGCGGGGCAGCUUCCUCAUCCUCGCCAUCCUCACCGCCUUCGCCCUCUUCUGGCUGCCGUACCACAUCAUCAACAUCCUGCAGGUGAUCGGACUGCUGACUGACACCGAGUGGGCGCUUAAGGCGGCGAGGGUGGCACGUCCCAACGUGACGGCGUUUGCGUUCCUGAGCAGCAGCGUGAAUCCCGUGCUCUACGUGUUCGCUGGCAGCUCGCACAUUCGCAACGCGGGCCUGAGCUUCAUGGCGAAGAUGUUUGAGGGCACCUACUCCGACGCUCAGUCGCGCAGCACACGCAGCACACGCAGCUCCGUGCAUGACGAGAGCUCCACCUUCCGCAAGAUCUCUUUAAAGAUGAGUGUGCGACGCGGAGAAAGAGGAGGAGGAGGAGGAGGAGGAGGAGAGAGUGUCGCGGGUGGGGAGGAGGACACGAGGAAGACGGCCGAGCUGAAAACUCUCAUGACAGUCGCAGAAUAGAAGGGAGAGGGAGUGUGUUUGUGUGUGUAAGAGAGAGAGACAGAGAGAGAGAGAGGAGAGGAAGUGUGCGUGUGUGAGUGAGUGAGUGA